AUGCUGCUGGAAGCGCCAGCAACUUCCAUGCUCUCCGCCACGCCCUCAACAUUGUACAAGCGCAUCCAAGACAACUGCUUCAACACGAAGUCCACCUUCGACUUCGUCACCGACGAAACCUUCUCCUCUUCUCUCCUCAACCACCUCCUUCAAACCCUAUCCACCCUCAACCGCGGCGUCAUUCGCAAGAACGCAUUCGAUUCCCUCAUCACGCGCCUCUGCAAGCUCCAGCGCGUCGAUGACGCGCUCCACAUCAUCGAAUAUAUGGCACGUACUGACGCCGGAGGUUGCCGCCCCAGUGCGACCACCUUCUACCCUGUCCUAAACAUCCUAACGCGCCAGAAAGCCAUAGACCACGCGCGACGCGUGGUAUGGCGUGAAUCUGGAUCUGACGGGACACAACUACUUCCUCGUUGCACGUGGCUUCGUACGUUCGACGCGCUUGUGUUGGGCACGUGUAAGGUUAAGAAGGUGGAUGGUGCUAUGAUGCUAGUGAGAAUGAUGGUGGAUGAUGGAGUUCCUAUUUUGUAUUCAACACACAUAUUUAUAAUUAAGGGUUUGUUGCAGAUGUUGCAAUCUGCGUUUUGGGAUCUUAGGUGCCGUUUUGAUGAUUAA